AGAUCUGCUACUGAACAAAUAAAAUAAAGAUCUGCUACAAGUAAAACAAAAACCUGCUACAAAUAAAACAAAGAUCUGUUACAAAUAAAACAAAAACCUGCUACAAAUAAAACAAAAAUCUGCUACAAAUAAAACAAAAACCUGCUACAAAUAAAACAAAAACCUGCUACAAAUAAAACAAAAACCUGUUACAAAUAAAACAAAGACCUGCUACAAAUAAAACAAAAACCUGCUACAAAUAAAACAAAAACCUGCUACAAAUAAAACAAAGAUCUGCUACAAAUAAAACAAAAACCUGCUACAAAUAAAACAAAGAUCUGCUACAAAUAAAACAAAAACCUGCUACAAAUAAAACAAAGAUCUGCUACAAAUAAAACAAAGAUCUGCUACAAAUAAAACAAAAGCCUGCUACUGAACAAAUAAAACAAAAACCUGCUACAAAUAAAACAAAGACCUGUUACAAAUAAAACAAAGACCUGCUACAAAUAAAACAAAAACCUGUUACAAAUAAAACAACAACCUACUACAAAUGAAGCAAAAACCUGUUAUGAAUAAAACAAAAACCUGCAACUGAACUGCUACAUAUGCUAUGUUUAUGAACUGCAAUUAUUUUCUUGUUUUUGGAAAUGAUGAUUAUCUCCAGGAGAUCUAUGAUCACUGUUGUCCAGGGUACCAUCACUCAUACAAAUCUGCACAAAUACCCCAUAUCAUCUAAAGAAUUUUAAAUACAUUUCCUACAAAAACCUUUAGACUCAAUUUUGUGCUCAAACCAUCAACAUGCAACACUUUCUAUAUGUAUACAUGUACAUGCAAGGUUCUUGUGUGUAUGGAGCGCCAAAUUAACAUAAACUCAAAUAAUUGAAGAUAUCUUCAAUUAUUUGAAGAUAUCAUCAAUUCAAUUGUUGCUCUCUUUAAUUGAAUUAAUGCGCGCAUUAACUCAAUAAUUGCUCUCAUCAAAUGAAUUAAUGCGCGCUUCAAUUCAAUUAUUGCUCUCAUCAAUUGAAUUAAUGCGCGCAUCAAUUGAAUCAAUGAGAGCAAUAAUUCAUUUAAUGCGCGCAUUAAUUCAAUUAUUGCUCUCUUCUAUUCAAUUGAUGCUCUCAUGAAUUGAAUUAAUGAGAGCAAUAAUAGAUUUUAUGCGCGCAUUAAUUCAAUUAUUGCUCUCUUCAAUUCAAUUGAUGAGAGCAUCAAUUUCGUAGAAAUAUUGCUCGCAAUAAUUAAUUUAGAGCUCGGUAUAAAUAAUUUGAUGAUCUCUUUAAUUCAAUUGAAGAUAUCUUUAAUUAUUUACAAUGCUUUUGUAUAAGGAAUUAAUGCGCGCAUCAAUUCUUUUAAAGAGAGCAACAAUUCAAUUAAAGAGAUCAUUAAUUCAAUUGUGGAUAUGUUGAAUUGAAGAUAUCUUUAAUUAUAUAGUUGCUCUCUCUAAAAGAAUUAGUGCUCUCUUUAAAUAAAUUAAAGAUAUCAUUAAUUCAAUUGAAGAGAGCAAUAAUUGAAUUAAUGCGCGCAUUUAAUCCAUUAUUGCUCUCAUCAAAUGAAUUAAUGCGCGCAUCAAUUCAAUUAUUGCUCUCAUCAAUUGACUUAAUGCGCGCAUUUAAUCAAUUAUUGCUCUCUUCAAUUGAAUUGUAUCGCGCAUAAAUUCAAUUGUUGAUAUCAUUAAUUCAUUUGAAGGGAUCAUUAAUUCAAUUAAAGAGAUCAUCAAUUCAGCUGAAGAAUUAAUGCUAUCAUCAAUUCAAUUAAUGCGCAAUAAUUCAGAAUUGAAGAGAUCUUUAAUCAAAUUGUUGUUCCCAUCAAAUGCAUUGAUGAUAUCUUUAAAUAAUUGAAGAUAUCUUCAAUUAUUUGAGUUUAUGUUAAUUUGGCGCUCCAUAUGUGUGUGAUACGAUAUUCAGGUGGCCUCUAGGGUUCACGGGCCUCUUCACAAUGUAAUAUGAAAACAUUAAAUCGUUUUCUAUUUAAUCUCCAUUGCAAAACACUGUCAUCUGAACAUUGUAUCCCUCUGAUUGUAAGAGGACGGAGAUACCUAUUAACAUACCUGUGUAAAAGAACAUGCUGAGUCCAGGUGCGAACUGCUUAGGGUAAUACUGUAGCAAAUGAACAACCUGAUUCCAGCCACAUGUAUAAUAGUUACCGAACUCUUAAAAUCAUUCAACAAAUAUGUGGAAGUGAAUAUAUCAUCUCGUGGUUGUUUUUUUUAAUGUCCUAAAUACGCAAGUCUUCGAAAUUCAGAACGUAAAUUUCAUAAUGCACACGUGGAAUUUCAUGAAUGAAUGAAGGUAAAAAAUCGGUCAAAUGGAACCAUCAUUGUUCCGUGUUCUACAUAAACAAGCGUGAUCUGGUAAUAUCCGUAUUUUUAAAAAUUUUAAAAAAUAACUCAAACCAUUCUGCGAAAAUAAAUCGUUUGCUGGAGAAUGGACGCCGGCGCUAUUAUCCUGAGUAGCGACUUUGGAUAUGUUAUUCUAGUGAUUAUCUCGUCCAUUUUCAUGAGCUGGUGGAUAGGGUUCCAAGUUGUAAAAGCACGAACAAAGUUCAAUGUACAGUACCCUAAAAUGUAUGGCGAGGAUGAUCGUUUUAACUGUUAUCAGAGAGCCCAUCAAAAUACGUUAGAAGUCUAUCCCAUAUAUCUUAUUCUGCAAGUGAUAAGUGGACUCUAUGCUCCGAAAAUUUCUGCAGUCUCUGGGUUGAUAUUCGUUUUGGGUAGACUUGUUUAUGCUAUCGGAUACCAAUCUGGAGACCCAAAGAAGCGUUUGCGUGGAUCGUUUGCUUACUUUGGAAUUCUGGGAAUGCUGGCGUGUUCCGUCAUGUUUGCCCUCAACCUCUUGCAAAUCGUGAAAUGGUGAACUCAUUUUGCUAAAUCAAGGAAAGAAGAAAAGGGAAAUCUGUAAUUGCCGCAUUCGUUUGUAAUUUUUAUUCAAUAAAAUGGAAAGAGAAAUCAAAA